GACAAAAGCAUUGUAAUGCUUCAUUUAAAUGUGUACCUUGCACCUUUACGAAGCUCAGGGCUCAGCAGGAUCAUGAGAGUCACCACAGAUCCAGUGGAUGCCCCAGAGUUACCAAAGAAGUUCACCUUCAACCCGAAAGAAGGGAUUGACAACCCUGCUUUAGUGAUCUCGGAUGACAAAGAGCCUGAUGUGCAUCCGCGGCUGUGUGUUCUGAAGCGGGAGGAGGGUCAGGGCUUUGGCUUCUACCUGAGCAAGGACACUGGCUGCAGCGGACAUGUGGUGCGGCAGGUGGAGCUUUGGAGCAGUGCAGAGCAGGCUGGGCUGAGGAAGGGGGACCGUGUUUUGGAGGUCAAUGAGGACUUUGUGGAUGACAAGGAGCACUCAACUGUGGUGCUGAAGGUGCAGGCGUCUGGGCUGAAACUAUAUCUGUUAGUGCUGAGUGCUCAGGAUUAUGAGUUUGCAGUUUCGGAGGGAAGAGACCUCAUGCUGCUCGCUAGAGCUUACCAUCCCGUAGAGGGCUGUUCUCGCCCACGGUUAUGUUACAUCACUAAAGAGCCUGGCAGCGGCUUAGGCCUCAGCAUCAUUCCCAUUGAAGGUGAGCGAGGCCGUUAUCGUCUCAGUCCAGUGGGUGAUGGUUCAGCUGAGAGAGCAGGAGUCCAGAAUGGAGACAGGCUGAUCUGGAUCAAUGGAGUCAUGAUUUCAGCACUCACAUAUGCAGCGCUGUCAAAAAUGGUGAAUAAAUGUGAGGACCAUGUGACUGUCUUGGUAAUUGACAGCAGGAGUGAAAAGAGUUAUAAUCGCUUGAGAUUACCCAUAAAUCCUGCUUUCGCCAAAACUCAUAAUCUACCCUACAGACCAAAAACACUACACCUGACUCAAGGACCACAGGGAUACGGGUUCCUCUUAAGGCAAGAGAAGUUACGAUCUGGAUGUAUUGCUCAUGUAUUACGAGAGAUCGACCCCUGCAGCCCAGCUGAGACUGCAGGAAUGGAGGAUGGAGAGCUUGUGCUAGCGGUAAACGGGGAGCAGGUGGAGGAUGCAGAGCAUGAGGGCAUCGUCAGCAAAAUACGGCAAAGCGGCCAGCAGGUCACCCUAACCACCAUCUCCAUCCCAGGCAGAGACUAUUACACACAGCUGGGUAUUUCUCCAUUGCUGUUCUAUGAAGACCAGAUUCCAAAAAGGGAACAGUUCUCUAAACCUCCCCCACUACAUCAUGAGGGACACCAAAAUCCAGCACACCCUCGACUUUGUGUGCUUCAAAAAGAGGGCUCGGGAUUUGGCUUCAACCUAGGCUGUGUUCAAAAUAAGCCUGGGACGUAUAUCGGCCAGGUGAUGGCAGGGAGUGCAGGAGAGAGAGCUGGGCUCUGUGAGUGGGAUGUGGUGGUAGAGGUGAAUGGACAGAAUGUGGAGGAAGAGUAUUUUGAUGAAGUAGUAAGACUGAUAAAAGAGGGAGGAACUCCUCUCAGGCUGCUAGUCGUGGAGGGAAUACGAUAUGAGAAACUGAGAAACACCAGACAGACUUCAGGUCUCAAAACCAGCCAGACUUUAAGUUCAAACAAGGUUCCAGAUGCUUCACAAGAUGAUUUUGUAUGAAUUAAUAUAACGAGUUUCCGGAACUUGUACGGGCUGAUGUCGAUGAGUGAGGUGACAUGUCCAUGAUAUGCACUGGAGAGGCAGCACGAUGACAUCCUGGUGUUGGGUAUACUCACGGGCCAGUCUCAACGCAAGAUCAUUAGCCUCUGAACUUUGAAAGAAGACAGUAUCUAUAUAAGAUUUCACUGAAUAUUUAUUUUAAACUGAAUAAACAGAGUUACUUACCCUGA